CAAAAGUGUCCAUUCCAAUUUUCACCCUUAACAAAAAAAAAAAAGAAAAAAGGUUCAUUCCAGCUUUGAACAGAAACAGAAUUCCUCUCCAAGCUUCCAUCUCUGUUUGUCUCUGCCUUUGCGUCUAUGGAGGUUGAUGCCAUUCCCAACGGCUCCGCGACUGAAACCGCCAUGGCAAAUGUCGCCGCCGCAGCAAUUACCCCUCCGCCCUCGAAGUUCAGCGGAUUGGCGGAGUCUCUAAAGCUGGAACAUCAGUUUAUUAGGGUUCCCUUUGAGCACUACAAGAAGACGAUUCGAGCUAAUCAUCGAGUCGUAGAGAAGGAGGUCUCCGCGGUGAUAUCGAGCGUCACUGAUGCCGCUGACCGCGAUGCUAUGUCGAGGGAAGAGGCCGUACACCACUUCAAUUCGCUCGUAUCCAGAUUGCAAGGGUUGAAGAGAAAGUUGGAAGAAGGCAGUCGCACCGAGCAGAUGCAAGCACAGAAGUGUCGCGCUAGACUAGGCCAUUUAGAAUCGGCCGAUGCUGAUAAUUUGACCGAAUGGAACAGCACACGCUUGAAAAGGAUCCUUGUGGACUAUAUGUUGCGGAUGUCAUAUUUCGACACUGCAAUGAAGUUAUCAGAAAGCGCCAACAUUCAGGAUCUUGUCGACAUUGAUGUCUUUCAAGAAGCCAAAAGGGUUAUUGAUGCCCUUCAGAACAAGGAGAUAGCACCUGCACUUUCCUGGUGUGCUGAUAACAAGUCGAGGUUGAAGAAGUCCAAGAGCAAAUUUGAGUUUCAACUGAGGCUUCAAGAGUUCAUAGAAUUGGUGCGGGCUGACAAGAAUAUGCAAGCUAUUACCUAUGCACGAAAGUACCUUGCUCCAUGGGGAGCCACCCAUAUGAAAGAAUUGCAGCGUGUCAUGGCAACUUUAGCUUUCAAGAGUAGUACAGAGUGUGCUGUAUACAAGGUCUUAUUUGAACCAAAACAGUGGGAUAAUCUCGUGGACGUAUUUAGACAGGAGUUCUGCAAAAUAUAUGGCAUGACACUCGAGCCAUUGCUUAAUAUUUAUCUGCAAGCUGGCUUGUCUGCUCUCAAAACUCCAUACUGUUAUGAGGAUGAUUGCACCAAGGAAGACCCACUGUCACAGGAAAGUUUUAGGAAGCUGGCAGUGCCAUUGCCUUACUCGAAGCAGCAUCACUCAAAGCUCGUGUGCUACAUAACGAAAGAGCUCAUGGACACUGAGAACCCACCACAAGUUCUUCCGAAUGGCUACGUCUACAGCACCAAGGCUCUCGAAAAAAUGGCCAAGGAAAACAGUGGUAAGAUCACCUGUCCAAGAACAGGCUUUGCGUGCAACUAUUCAGAGUUGGUUAAGGCAUACAUAUCAUAAACCUCUGCAUGUGGAGUUGCGAUGCAUGUGAAGAUGGAAAUCGUAUUUCCGUAUCCCGACUCUUAUACUUGGUUUGUUUACUGCUGAAUUGGCAAAGGUGAAUUUAGGGAAACCGACAUGUGAAUGUUUUGUUUCUGUAAAAAACAAACACUUCAAUUCUUACAAAACAGAUUCGGUUAUAUGUUGGGAGAACGAUGACAUGUAAAUGAAAAUUAUACAAACUGUAUUCAUUCUA